GUGUCAGAUCUGUGCUUCUUGUUUUGAGAUUUCAAGGGUUCAAAAGGAAAUUUCGAAUUUUUGUGGAGUUAUCAAUCAAUGUUAUCUUAAAUCGUCGUAUUGGAUCUGACCUUUAAUAUAAAAUAUAAUAUAAUAAUCGUCAUUGAGAUGGCUUUCAAUACGGGAUUAUUGGUUUUAACAAAUUUCAAACAAGUAGGCUCUGUUUUAUCCUCUGUUCAGCAACAGGUGUCUAGGAUCUUGUAUAUACAAUUUUUGAAUGCAUUAUCUGAAAAUACAAGCAAUAUCCAAAAUAAUUUGGUCCCGUCCUUAUCCAAAUAUAGUCGAGAGAUUCAUGGGAUUUACUCUCAGGCAGCCAGACACUGUAAAACUUUAGAUGUUAGAGUCCUUCUCUCUGGUCUCAAAUAUGAUAAAUCUGUAAUUAAAACACAGUCCCCAAUAGAUGUUGUCAUAUUUGAUAAAAGGUUCAAUGAGACUGAAGUCGUUAGUUUCCUGAAUAAGAGGGUCAGUACAUUAACUAGAAAUUACAAAAUUUUAACUUUGGACAAUGUACCCGAACAUAACCUAGGAAUGAACGUUGAAGGGCUAACGGAGAAUGUAGAGAAUAAAAUAUUCAAACAUGGGGUCAUUGGAGGUACUUUUGAUAGGAUGCAUUCCGCUCACAAGUUAUUAUUGAGCGAAUUGGCUUUGAGAUCAGACUCUAAGAUGACAAUAGGCAUUACGGAUGAUGAAAUGAUCAAAGGAAAAAUUCUCAGUGAACUCAUUGAAAACCUCCAUACAAGAGUGGAUAAUGUGAGAAGUUUCAUGACCGACAUAUGUCCAGAAGUUCCCUGUGAUAUUGUUCCUAUUUCUGAUCCAUUCGGGCCUUCCAUUGUUGAUCCCACAAUGGAUAUGUUGGUUGUUAGUCGGGAAACUCUUAGGGGUGGUCAGAAAGUCAAUGAAGUUCGUGCAUCGAGAAACCUAUCUCAGCUCUAUGUUCACCCUGUCGAGUUGUUAGAAGAACCCGAAAGUGGUCCUGAGGAAGAAAAAAAAAUUAGUUCCAGUACUAUGAGGAUGAGGUUAUUAGGAACGCUCUUGAAACCUGUGGUAAUCAACACUAGAAUUCCAGCGAGGCCCUAUGUUAUCGGAUUAACAGGAGGGAUUGCUAGUGGAAAAUCUGGAGUUUCUGGUUGGUUGAAAGAGCUGGGGGCUCUGAUUAUAGACGCAGACAAAAUUGGACAUGGGAUUUAUGCGAAAGGCAAACCUUGUCAUAAGCUGUUGGUUGAUAAAUUUGGGGAUAGAAUUUUAGCGGAUGAUGGAGAGAUUGAUAGGAAAAAAUUGGGGGCUAUCGUGUUCAGAGAUAGAAAUGAACUUGAGAAACUGAACAGCACAGUUUGGCCAGAGAUGUUGAAGGACAUUCUAGAAAAAGUGAAGAAUGCGACCGAAGAUGUAAUUGUGAUUGAUGCAGCCAUUUUGCUACAGGCCGAUUGGCAAAAUCACUGUCAUGAGGUUUGGACAACUGUCAUACCCAAAGAUGAAGCUGUCAAACGUCUCAUUGAACGGAAUAACCUCAACGAGGAACAGGCCUUGCUGAGAAUUCAAGCACAACCCUUGAAUUCGUCAUACGUAGAGGCUGCAAAUGUCGUGUUUUGUACAUUAUGGAGCACGGAAUACACAAGGCAGCAAGUUCAUCGAGCAUGGAAAUUAUUGCAGGAUCGAAUGGAGGUUCCACAAAACAAAAAUGAGGCUUGCUCGUAAAAUCGAAACAGUAGGACCAAAGAUAUUGUUUAUAUGUUUUUAUACAAAAUAUUUUUGUUGUAUUGUUGCUAUUGAAUUUUAUAAGAUCGUUAGUGUUGAUUAAAACUGAUAUUUUUAAGUAA